GACCAUCGUGGUAGGCGGCCAGCUGCUCUCCUAUCAGUCGGGUCUCAGUGAUGGUUAAUGAGAUUAGCUGUAUAUCUUAGCUUGCGUCAGUGCAAAGGGGUCAAUCACAGGAUUAGCACCUUGCUUAAGAGUUACAUCAGUUUAUCAUACUUUUUCUUUAUUAGUUUGACUUUCUCACAGCGGCCUCCAAACAAUGUUUGGCAAGUUUAAUUGCAAACUAGUUGUAGGAGGGGAAUUUUGCUCUGCAACAUGCCGCCUCGGGACUGAGUCUGUCCGGACUCUCAGCUGCUGAAUGAGGCGUCUUCCAGGGAACCAAGAGGAGCAGGGGCAGCCAGAAAAGUGAAGGGGCAGUCGGGCCAAAAUCUUGCCUGCUGUGCCAGAGUCUGAGACUCUGGUCAAAUCAUCCUCAUGCCACUUGUAAAUAACAAAGUUGGCGAUGAGUGCACAGCUGGCAAUAACAAGGCUUUGGCAGAUGGAAAGGCUUUGGUGGAUUCUUUGAUAAAGGUGGUGGCAUGUUACCGGCACUUAGCCUCGUGUGUUGGUGGGUGCACAGAUAGCUUACAGCUACGCGAUGAGUUGCGGCAGACUCGAGAAAAGGCCCAAAAGCUGUCUGUGGGCACCUGCCAUCACCUGACCUCUCACCUCCGGGACAAGAGCCUGCCGGAGGAGCACCGGAAAGAGAUGGAGCUUCUCUGGGUGGCCUUCUCCUCCAGUCUAGAGCUCCUGCAUAUUGACAUGUGCAAAGUUUUUAACAUCGGAGAUGUUUUCUCUCUGGCUAACACGGCGUCCCUGGUGCAAACCGGCCUACAAGGUGGGGGCAGUGAGGUGGCGGCCCGCGCCCUCAGUAUGCCGGACCUGAAAGAGGCCCAGCCGGCGGCCCUCCCCGCUGGCCUGGAGGGCGAGGAACGCAUCACCAUGGAGCAGGAGAUCAGUCAAAUUGACCAUAUGAUCGACGACAUGGAGAUGAAAGUCAACGUGUUGCGCUGGAUGGUGGAGCCCCAUGGGCCUCAGUACGCAGAGCCGCUCGGCAGCACCGACAGCGCCUCCAUAGCCAUGUUCUCUGUGGACGAGGAGCAGCCCGGCCAAGUCCACCAGUCCCUAUGCCAGCGGAGUCACAUCUUUGUGCUCUUAUUGCUAUUCGCUGUUAUUCUAGUGGCAGCCAUUUUAUCUGCCUGUGUUUACCUUUUAUCGUAAACAAAACAAAAAAAAAACCUUAAAAUACUCAACUUGUGUUUUUCUGUGCAACCUCAGAAACGCUCAGAAACACUAAAAAAAAAAUGGCGAGCUUUGCAUGUACAGUAGUUUCCUCUUUACAAACUUUACAUUCCUACAAACCAUAUGACGACAACAAAACGAUUUACUGGGGAAUAAAGUUUAAAUACAGUGAAGUUAAUCUGGAUUCUGACCAGGUUGCCAUUUCUUGCAGUUACUCCAAACUGCCAUAGUUUUUUCAAAGAUCUCUGAUGACAAAAGUGACGAUAAAAGUGCAUGGCUGCCAGUUAGAACUUGUUUACCAAAAUAAACUAUAGGAGAGGGGGGGUUAUUCUACCUCCUUAAAUGUAAAAAGAGAGCUUAUAUUUUCCUGUGUAUCUUCCUGACUGCUUUGUGAUACAAUAUGAUUUUAGGAAACUGUAAGAAAGACACUUGUCACUUUUCCCCCCAGGUGCUGAUGCUUGGUAGCGGAUGUAUUGUCAUUAAUUUCUGGAUUUAUUAUCUAUUUUGUAUAUAAUCUGCAUUGUAGAGAAAUAAUGACAUACCAUGCAAUAUAAAA